UGUAGUGUGUUGUGGAUGUACUUUUGUGGGAAUUUCAUUGGACGAAACUUUUGCCACUAAUAUAUACCAUUCCUACUACACUUUCCCCUGUUAUCUUCCUCUAUAGCUAUAACACAGGCACUCAAAACUCCAAAUAAACAGAGCUAUAUAAACCAUCUGCAAAAAACACAUCUUUCUCACAACAAAAGCGAAAAUUUAUUGUGUGAAUCGAACAUGUCUUCGAGUAAUAACAUAACAGCUUUCUUGAACUUCUUGGCAUUCAUGUGUUCUAUCCCUAUAAUCGCAUCAGGCACUUGGUUGGCUUCAAAUCCUGACAACGAAUGCAUUCACUGGCUCAGAUGGCCAGUCGUGUUCAUUGGAAUUGCCAUCAUGUUGGUUUCUUUGACUGGCUUUAUUGGAGCUUACUGGAAAAAAGAAGGCCUUUUAGGUGUCUACUUGGUGUGUAUGGCCCUUCUUAUCGUCCUUCUCCUCGUGCUCCUCGUACUUGCCUUUGUGGUCACGGGUCCAACCGGGGAUUAUAUGGUGCCUGGAAGAGCUUACCGUGAUUAUAGGCUUGAAGGGUUUUCUUACUGGUUGAGGGAUCAUAUUGUAGGCCCUGAUAAUUGGGGCAAUAUUAGGGCAUGUUUGGCUGAUUCUGCUAUUUGUUCUAAGCUUAACAAUCAGUAUGUUACCGCGGAACAGUUCUUUGCUGCUGAUCUAUCACCUAUUCAGUCUGGAUGUUGUAAACCUCCAACAAUUUGUGGAUACCAGUAUAUGAACCCAACCUUGUGGAUUAACCCAACAAAUGCAGUAGUAGAUGUUGAUUGCUCUAUCUGGAACAAUGACCCUAAUCAAUUAUGCUACAACUGUGAUUCUUGCAAAGGUGGCCUACUUGGAAAUCUCAGGAAAGAAUGGAAGAAAUCUAAUCUCAUUCUCAUCAUAACUUUGGUCAUUCUCAUAUCGGUUUAUCUCAUUGGUUGUUGUGCUUACAAGAAUACUCUAACUAAAUCAAAUUCCAAGGGUAAAAAAUAGUUUUAGUUAAUGGUUUUUCAUUUGAAGUUCAA